AUGGCAGCCGGCCAGAAAGCCGCCGAAGCGGCGCCGACCUCGCUAGAUUUCCCCCUGCAUCUAGACAUCGGUAGAGGACACACGGCCAAGUUCGAAGAGCACGACUACGCCGUUUUGACAAACCCUAUGAUAGAGUUUAACGCCCGUUGCUUGGGACUCGGUCUCAAGACCUCGAUCCGGCACGCCGACCCGCAGACAGUGAAGGAGUGGCACCGCGACGAGGCGAUCCGCGUGCUGAAGUUUUUCCGGACCGCUGUUCUGGCCGAGCUGCGGCGCGAGGGUAGGAAAUGGGAGUGGGCGAAGCCGUCCGAAGACGAGGUGCAGGAGAGGCUCGCCGACUGCGACGAACCCCUUCGAGAUAAAAUUCCCGAUACCGUCCGGGACUCGGACGCGGGCUCCGGCCUGCUAGCAAUGAGCGCGUUGAUCUGGGUUGUGAGGCGGUUCCAGCGCCUGACCGGCGACCUCCGUCGCAUUGCCACCAGCAUGGACAAGCCCACCGUCUCGGGGUUGAAGGCGCUGCGGAACGAGAUGGUAGCCCUCAUCAAGAAGCAAGUCCCGCUCAUACGGUCGGGGAAAACCGUUGUUGCUGCCGACGCCUGUGACGACGACGGGGAGGAAGUCCAUUCUGCAUCCGUACCAGUAGGGGUCGCCCCGAACGUCGCUGAUGCGCGUGGCAAGUCGGGAGUCGGCGUCGACGAGGCCGAUGCGGCCGCAGGAAAUGGGGUGACCGGGACCGAGGUUGUUCACGGGGAUGAUGAUGGGGUCCAGGAUCGCGAGGAGGAACGUGAGGGUGAGGGGGGCUCGGAGGAGUCGUCGGGGUCGAUGUCGGGGUCGAGGUCGGGGUCGGGAUCGGGCUCGGAGUCGGAGUCGGAGGAGGAGCAGGAGCAGGAGACGCAGGAGCACGAGAGGCAGCACCAGGAGGAGCAGUUGGUAGAGGUGGAGGACGUGGAAAUGGCGGAGGGGUACGUUGUCGGAGGAGCGGAGGGGUACGUUGUCGGAGGAGCGGAGGAAACGGGUGGGAGAUCGGCGGAUGUCGAGAACGACGAAGGGGAGGGGAAGGGUGCGACAGCGAAUAUCGGCGAGGUCGGCGUGGAGGCGGCUCACGGAGGUGGUGGCAUGGUCGAGGUCGGUGAAGGGGAUAACGCCGCGGUCCCGGAGCAGAGGGGCGUGGAUGUGCAUACCGAUGCCACCGCGGAGAAGGCCGGCGGGGAGCGGUCUAGGAGGAAGAAGGCGGCGAGCGGUCAUCCCGGUUCCACCGCGGCUGGGCGGCAGGCGCGGCUGGACGUCGUCGAUCAGCUGAGGGCGGAGAACAGGCGAUUGCGUGCAGACAAUGCACUCCUUGAACGGCGGCUCGGUGAGCAGACGGGGCGGGUCGACAGCUUGGCGGCGGCAUUAGCUGGGCUCCUCGAGAAGUUGAAGGGUUUGACCGCCCAGGUCGCCGACACCGACCGGAAAUCGGAGGAGCGCCUCAAAGAGGCCACGUCGACCAUGGCGACCACAAUCACCGAGGGCCUCACCGACAACAUGGACAGCGCCAUUCAAUCGGCCAAGUCCUUCGCCGAGCUAGCGAGGCAGACGCUGCUGGAUCUUGACGACCCCAAGGGACGAGCGGCGGUCGCACGCGCGACCGCGGUGAAGACAGUGACCGAGCACGUGACGGCGGAGGUGGGCGAGGCGAGGAAGGGGUUGGAGGAGUCGUUCAUCAAAUACAUCGGCGCCGCGCAGACCAACAUUGCCGCCGCCGUCGCGCCCCGCCUAGUCCAGCCGCCGCCGCCUACCGGCCCAGCGCAGGCCUUGCCGGAAGAUUUCCUGAAGUCUUUCAAGGAGGACGUGCUGAAGGCGGUGACGGAGACCACGCAGCAGUCCUUCCUCGCCUCCGGACUGAAGAUAAUGGCCGAGGUCGUCGGCACGGUGGCGUAUGCUCGGCGUGGGUCGUCGCCGUCGGCAAACGACGCCGGCCAAGCGCAACCUACGGAGGGCUUGAAGCUGGGUCACAAGAGGCGGGGAGGCGGCGGGGGGGGCGACGGGGACAAUUCGGCGAACACGAAGCGGAGCAAGGGAGGCGGGGGGUCUGGCGGCGGGGGGGGGGACGGAGACGAUUCGGCGGGCGCGAGGCGGACCAAGGGAGCGGCUGGUUCUCGCGUCGCCGGCGAUGGGAGCAUGGGAGCCGGCGACGGCAGUUCGUUGAAGCAGUCGGGGAAGAGCGUGGUCGACAUCCUCAGGAAGCACUGGGCUCAGGUUGGAGCGGCCAGCACGGGCCAUGGUGGUGGGGGUCCCGCCGACGAGCAUGCCACUGAUGACGCACUGCCAAUGGCUCCGCCUUCGGUCGGCGUUAAGCCACCACGACAGGGUAGCGGUGUGAAAGGCCUGCGCGACAAGGAGAAGGCCGCCGCCAAAACGGCCCCAGGCGGGUCCGCGAAAGCUGGCCAGGGCCCGAAGACAGGGGUUGCGGAGGCGUCAGCGGUUCCUCACCAGUCUCCCGCGGGUGCACGCCAUCCGACCGGACCGUCUGCCGGGCGACCUACCGACGUCCCGCGCCAUGCCGACGUACCGUCUGCCGACAAGGUUGGCCGCGCGGGAAAAGGGGCGGCAGUUGCGGACGCGCUCAAGGAGCAGCUCAGGCUCCUAGCCGGCCACAGGGCUGUUCAACAGGCCCCCCCUGCUGUCGACGUCCCAUCGGCCAGUGGGCCACGUGUAGUGCCGGUCGUCGCCGCCCGUACUCCUGCAGACCCAAAGUCCGUGUUGUUGCGCGCCCAGCUGGGCGCACUAGCGUCGACUGAGAGGACUCAGCAGGCUUCUGGCUCUGGCUCUAAGCCGUCGUCGGCGAAUGUCGCACCACCCACCCAUGUGGCAGCUGAUGUGGAGAAGGCGGCGGAGAAGGGCGUUCGUGCCGCGCUUGCCACCGGCGGCGGCGCCGUUGAGGAGGUCCCCGCAGACGCUGAUAUCGCUGCCAUACAGGCCCAUCUGGAUGCAGCCAAUCCCCGAACCCUGGCCAUCUCCGACACGGAACAUGUGGAGCCUUCGGCGGGACUCGUCGGCAUCGCGGCAGAGCCUAGUGCGACCGGUGAUGCGGUCGGUGAGGGAAAGUCGAAACGGAAGGGGAAGGCGGGCUCACAGAGGAAGACGCGGGAGAAGUCGGAGGUGAAGGCAGCGGAUAAACAGAAGGGGAUGGCGGCGGAGACGGCGGCGGACAAAGAUCGAGGCGGCAUUGGGGAGGUUGAAGGGAAAGGGGAGAAUCAGAAGUCGCCCGGCGAGGGUACGUCGACGGGGAGGAAGGGGAAGGACAAGUCGGUCGGAGAAGGUGCGUCGACCGGGAGAAAGGGGAAGGAGAAGGCGGUCGGCGAGGGUUCCUCGAAGGGGAGAAAGGGAAAGAGGAAGGCGGAGGAGGAGGAUGAGGAUGUCGAGGAGGUGGAGGAGGUCGAGCAGGAGGAAGAGGAGGAGGAGGAGGAGGAGGAGGAGGAGGAGGAGGAGGAGGAGGGGAAGGGCAAGGAGAGGAGGGGUCAUGGCAUCCGACACGAUACCUCGGGCGACAAGCAAGGGUGGGUCGGCGAGAUUAAGGUGCACGGCAUCAAUCGAUACAUCGGCAAGUCGCGGGACAAGAUGGAGCUCGCGUAUGUUCACUCCAUCGCGUACGUCGUCUACGACGGUUUCGUGAGCAAGGUGCUCAUGACCGAGCUCACCGGCUUGGACAGCGCCGAAUUGGAGAGGUGGAAGGAGGUGUGGGAGGAGGUCAGGAUCUUGCCGACAGGGAUGUGGACGGUGAUGUGGGCCCGGGGUACGCUCCUUCCAAAGACACGGCUGACGGAGAUCCUCGACGCGUAUCGCCAUUACAAGUCCACAGGCGAUUGUCUCCACGCCGCGCUCCUGCCAGCGAUAUGGUACCCAGUCGAUGCUAGCACCGAGGAAGGCCGGGAGAAGUCGGCGUCCAUGGUGUCGGCGAUGAUAGGCCGCGUGUCAAUGUGCGCUGCAUAUGGGAAGACCGCUGCGGCAGCGGCGAAGAAGGAGGGAGACAAGGAGGAGAAGACGGAUAUGGCGGCAUGGGCGUUAGCAGCAUCCGCAUGCGCUGUGUGGUGCUUCGUCGAGAACGGCGAUGCCCAGCUGGCGGAUGCUGUGGAAGAAGGGAAGUCGGCGGCGAUCAUCGGCGGAGCGAGCCAGGCGACCGCCGAUGUAUUCGGAAAAGUCAUGGAGGCGGUGCUGAAAGCCGAGAUGAACAGGGACCGCCCCCUGGGAGAGGUUGCCUACAACGUCGCGCCAGCACUCCAGAGGACCGCCCUUGAUAGGGUCUAUCCGGGGGGGAAUGCUGGAGUAGAUGCCGACGUUAUCGCUAGAGCAACGGUUGAGACGAUGGCGUUUUGGGGAAUGUGCCCCAUCGCCGGGCCGAAACUAAGAGCGAGGGACAUCGCGGUGCCGAUUGACGCGCAGAUGAAGGCCGAUCUUGACAACAGGGGGAGGAAGGGUCUGAGGGGCAAGAAGGGGACGAAGACCAAGGGCGGCACGGAGAAGGUCAAGAAGUCGAAGAAGGACAGCACGACGGCCUAG